AUGGUGGAUUAUCCUGGUGCCCGGGCGUUUGGCGGCACUCCCUGGAGGAAAACUUGGACCGUCCGUCUCCUUACUCUAAUUCUACUUCCAAGUCCAUCUUUGCCCUCGUUCAACCCGUUUUUUACUGAUACGUCUUAUUUCAGCAUGACAACGAUCGCACUUAUCGGCAUCGUGUUUGCGGCUAUAAUCGGAGUCUUUUUUGGUUGCUACUUCCUGCUUCGGUUUAUUCACAGAGCACUUGGAUCUGAUGGACGAAAGCAUAGCGACACAUUACCGUACAGCAACGUCGUUAUUCACUCGAAACGAGUUUACGAGAUUCAAGCCGAAGAGGGAUGCUUCACUGGGCCACCGGACAUUCACGACCCAGUUGAAGAGACUCAAUCAAAAAGCACAAAUUCUGAAGAUCGGCAGUCUCUGAGUGGAAGUUUAGACAGUUCCAGACAAGGUUCGCUGAAGAAACCAGAAACGGGAGACUUGAAAACUAUGCGGUUAGAGCACGGUUGCGAUGAUCCGAGACAAUUGAUUAGGAAGAAAGAGAAAAAGGUGCACAAAGAUUCGGUAUGCGCACUUCUGUUUAAGCCGGGCACGGAACCAAGAAUGGUCUGA